AUGGCCCGCAACAUGAACCAGCAGCAGCGCCGCAGCAUCCCCGGCCGCCGCGACGCCUCGCCGCACUCCGACGGCCUCGCUGCCAUGGGCGCCGAUGCCGGCGCAUCGGUCGCUCUCGGCGGGCCUGCGCCGCUGGGCUACGCCUCGUACGAGGCCGGCGGCCCGCUCGACUCGACGCUGCACAACUACGCCAGCAACGGCGCGCAGCAGCAGCAACAGCAGCACGGCGGCGCCCACACCGACUACAGCUCGGCACAGAGCCUCAGCGCGCACGGCUCAUCGCCCGGCGGUGCCUCGCCGCAUGCGCCGCAGGCGAGCUUCUACAACGCCCCGGGCGCCGGCCCCACGGGCAACUACGGCGGCGUCGAGGACGCACACCAGGCGCCCGUGCGCGGCCACCAUCUGCCGCCGCUCUCGGAGGCGCUGCACUCGUCCAACGACGCCGCGCAGGGUCACGACGACAGCCACCGCUUUGCGCACAACGUCGGUCCCGGCGGCCCGGCAUACGACGACCAGCACUUCCUCGAUGCGCACAUGAUGCACCCGCCGGCGAACAGCAACAGCGGCGCCGGCGUGCACGACUACUCCAACGGCGCCGCCGCCUCCGGCGCGACGCACUUCCAGCAGCCGUCCAACGGCGCCGCUUCCAGCGCUGGCAUGAUGACGCCGCCGCCGGGCUCGUCGCACGGCGCUGGCUCGUCGCACGGCGGCUACCAGUCGUACUACGCGCCGCCGGCGCACAUGAUGCACCGCGCCUCUAUCUCCGGGCCCGUCAUGUCGCACUACCCGACGCAUCCUUCCGUUGGUGGCGCCACGUCGGCCCUUGCGGGACACUCUGGCAUCGGCGCUCCGCCUGCUGCCGGCGACUUUGCCGCCUGGGGCAACGCCAGUGGCAGCGCGCGCCCACACACGGCCGACGGCAUGUUCGGCGGCCAAUUCGGCCUCGGCGCGCCGCAGUGGCCCGGCGCCUUGCCAACUGGCGGCGGCUACAGCAUGCGUGGCCCGCGCGCGUCAAUCAGCUCGAUGUCCUCGAUGACCGAACAGUCGCCGUCGAGCAUCGGCAGCAAGACGUUCAGCUACAUGGCCGGCGCAGACGACAUUGGCGGCGGGCCCGGCGGCGGCUCGGGCGCCAAGAAGCGCCCGCGGCGCCGCUACGACGAGAUUGAGCGCCUCUACCCGUGCAGCUUCCCCGGCUGCGCCAAGAGCUACGGCACGCUCAACCACCUCAACGCGCACGUGGCGAUGCAGAAGCACGGCCAGAAGCGUGCUCCCGGAGAGUUCAAGGAGAUGCGCAAGCAGUGGCGCAAGGGCAAGCGCGAGGAGGAGCAGCGGCGCCAGUCGCACGGCGGCAGCGACGACCACAUGGGCCACCGCGGCAGCAUCUCGUCGAGCUACGGCGGCACUCCGGGCCCCGUGGCGCACGGCUAUCCUUCGGCGGGCAGCAUGUCGGGCUACGUGCCGCCCAUGGGCAUGCCUUCGCAGAUCCCGCGCUACUCGCUGCAGCACGGCAGCGCCGGCGGCAACUUCUCGGCCAUGCAGCCGCCGUCGCACUACCCGGCCCAGUCGGCGCCGCUCGACCCCAAUGGCCGCCCGUACAGCAGCGCCGGCGCCCCGCCGCAGGUGCAGCAGCAGCACCAGGGUGCACCCAGCGGGCUGGGCGCAUACCUGAUGGCGCACCGCGGUAGCAUCUAG